UACAGGGGUGUUGUUGUCCUAGAUAUUGACCUGAAAAAACCUUCCGUCAACCAGUGUGACGACUCAGAAUCUAUAUUUUCCGGAUCUCACAAAUGCAGACCAGAAACAACCAAGUGCAAAUUUAUACCAGAUGGCGGGUUACAGGCAGGACAAUAUGAGUGCCACUGCAAAUCUGGUUUCUAUUUUCCUCUUCUCAACGCUACCCAAAAAUUUUACACCGGAACUCAAGUUGAACGUCACAUCCUACAGAGCAUGCGCAGUGAUGCUAAUUUUUCUACAAGUGACUUCCAGUGUCUUCCGUGUCGCCAAGGAUGUAUAGACUGUGACGACGAUGGUCCUUGUUUAGUUGAAUAUAACAUUUUAAUGCGGGGGAUUCCUCUAGGAAUUCAAAGCUUUUGUAUGACAAUUACUCUUGUUCUAGGUAUUGUUGUACUUAGAGUUAGGAAAUGUAAGGUAAUGGUGAUUGGUAUGUGGUGCUUGCUGGAAAUUAUUCUUCUUGGUGCUUUAUUUCUUUAUGCUACGGGUAAACAACUGCUGGCAGACUUCCAAUCACGGAAAGCACAUAGGGUACAUGUCAGGGACAAGGAUCUUCUUAAAUACCUCCUCUGUAUAGUCGUCGUGGUCAUAGGCUAUAUGGCAGCAUGGACAGCAGUCAAUAUAGAUCAGGUACAAGAGGGUGUCAGUCUUAUAGAGAGAAGAAAAACUUCCGACGAGGAACUCAGUUAUUUUAUCUGCAAAUCAGGCUGGUGGGAUUAUUCCACAGAAGUUGCGGAAGUAUUGUUUUUGGUAUUUGGUAUAUACCUGUGUUACAGAGUACGGGCUGCGCCAUCCGAGUAUUGCGAAGGAACAUAUGUGUCUGCCGCGAUAUGCUACGAGUGUUUUAUUUCUACAGUCUUUUAUGUUUUAAGGCAUAUAUAUUGGUUAAGUUUACAUCCCGAUUACUUAUUUUUGAUGUACUUUCUACGAUGUCAAUUAACAGUCAGUGUAACUCUUGUAUUAGUAUUUGGUUCUAAGUUAUGGUACGCACAUCGACCACCGGACGAGCGCCAGAUAAGGAAUAGGGCAUAUUCGUCGUCAGAUGUACCAGAUAAUAUGGCACCCGAGGUGAUGAAGUUAAAUGUGGGUAUUUCAUCCAAUGGAGACGUUGAUGUAGGAGAUGUAAGCUUAGCAGACAUGGAUCCCGAAGAUAUAAGGGCGGAAUUAAAAAGGCUUUACACACAGCUACAGGUUUACAAAACUCGCAACAUGAGGAAAGAUAACCCUCAUAUUUCUAAAAGACGAGGCGGACGAAAACAGACUCAUAGACGUUUUUCACUACAAGCAUUCCAUCACAAGCAUCGACAUCACCAUACGGAACAUACCGAACACGAACACGAAAUGUCGAGAACUCCCGAAGAGAGUACGAACUCUGCCGAAGGUUUGCCGAUGCCGAUAGAAAUGAGUGUAACGAAGUGUGAAGAAGUUAAUGAAAAUAAACCGACAUCAAGUGUUUCUUUCAAAAUGUAUCAUACCCACAAAUGACGUCACAAAAAAAGGUGAACGUUUCUUGAGUAGGUUAUAUUUUAAUUCACAAAUAAAAUGCUCGAUUUAAGAAUGUAUUCUAGUUGCGAAUAGCGGAAUAUUUCGCCAGAUGUAUUGUGGAUGGUACACUGUACAUUGCAGGAGAAAUGGAUCGGAAGAAAGCACGAAGUGUUGGCAAGUAAACGAAAGUGACGUAAACGGAAGUGACGUCAUAUAACCAUCACUGGGAAAACUGUCGCUUCGAUAUAUGAAGAAAGUUAAUUAAGUCUGUUGUUUUCUUGAAAGAAGGAAUGGAAAAAGCUAAGAAGACAGUGUACGGAAAAAUGAUGACGUUUUAUCUGUUUGGGAAGUGAAGUGUUGGAAUAAUUCAUGCGGAUAUGAAAUAAUUGUGACCCGAAUCUCAUCUUAAAUAAUCAUGUUUGUUAUUAUUAAAUAUCUCGUGUUACAUCGCGAGAGUUUUAGAAACUCGUAACUGCUGGGAGUUAUUUUUAGAAUUUUCAUGUCCUGUAUCAGUCAUUCAACCAUGUCCUGUAUUUAUUAUAAGUAACGCGUCAUGCUUCAUUGAGUAUUUGAGAAAGAUAUAUUAGUACAUAUAAUUAGUUAUUAUUUUAAACAAUUCUGCAGUUGUUAUAUGUAUUUAAAUAUAAAUUUAAUCCGUUUUUUAUAAUGUAUGUUACAAACACAAACUUGGAAUAUAUUUGGUAUUAAUAAUUCGAUAUUGUUAUCUGUAAGCAUACAUAUAUUUUACUCAACCCUGUUUAUAAUAUUAUAAGAUCAACUUUUUUUCUCGAAUAUAUGACACAAAUUUAACACUAGAUCGAUUUAGAAAUUUGUUUUAACAAUUAUUUCUCUAAAUAGCUUUUAACAAAUAAAAAACAACAACAAAAAACAAGAAUUAAAAAAAUAAAAAACCGAAUAAAACAACUUAAUGUAGUUUUUGUGAACAAUUUUUCAAAUUGUUUAAAUGGGUUAAUACUUAAAUAAGUAAAUUGAUGUACAUGUAAGAGAAGCUUUAAUUAAGAAAACAUGUAUGGUAAGUCUGUAGAAAAGAAAUAGGUAAUGAUAAUAUAAAUGACGUCAUAUAAGUUAUGAAUGACGUCAUAUAAGUAAUGACCAAAUUUAUUGUUUUCACACAAAAUAAAAUGAUGGUCAGUAAAGAUAAUUUACAGUCUAAAAGCAAAACUAUAAAAUUCGCAUUGUUUUCAUAAAUCUAUGUCGAGCAAUGUGACGUCAUUUACGUCACAUUGAUAAGAUUUGACGUAUAUGUAAAUGUUUUACGUCUGCAAAUAAAACCAAACAUAAUUGUUGUUGUCAUUAUAAAAUCAUUAUUAUUAUUAUUUUUGAUUAACACUCAAAAUAAUUACGACGGUACUCAAGUGGAAAGAGCAUUUCUUGAAGAAAUGAAUGUGUUUCAUUAAUAUUGA